AUGUCCUCCACCACCGAGGAGCGAAAAGAAAUGGGGCAAACAACCGCAGAACCAAGCAGCCUGGAAGAAGGCAAGACCAUGUCUCCAACAACCAGCGACAUCAACGAGAAAUCCUCCCCGCCCCCCGCCUACCCCGACGUCGAGCGCAGCGACAGCGUCGUCGCCGCCGAAAUCCACCGCACAAUCCAAAUCCAAUCCAGCAUCGGCGUGCUGCGCGUCCUGCGCCGCGCGGAGGAGUGGAUCGACUCCAAGGUCGGCAUCGAGCUGCGCGGCAUCGACCGCAUCCCCGAGGAGGAGAAGCAGCCGCCGUCGCAGUGGAACAUCUUCCUCCUCUGGUGGAGCUUGAAUGUGCAUGUGGGUGUGCUGCCGCUGGGAGUGCUGGGCCCGGCUUUUGGCCUGGCGCUCAAGCCGAGCAUUGCGGCGAGUGUGUUGGGGACGGCGCUGGGGGCGCUGUGCACGGCUUAUACGGGGACUUUGGGCCCGCGGACUGGCCUGCGUCAAAUCGCGUGUUCUCGAUACUCCUUCGGAUUCUGGGGAGCUAAGUUGUGCUCCAUCCUCAAUGUUGUCGUCGGUGGAGGCUUCUACGUCGUCAACCUGGUGGUCGUAGGCGAGAUCUUGAGCGCCGUCUCGGACUACAGUCUGUCGAUCGAGGUCGGCAUUGUCAUCAUCGCCGUGGUCUCAUACCUGAUCUCCAUCUUUGGCUUCAAGCUCAUCCACACGUACGAGAAGUACUCGUGGAUGGUCACAUUCGUUCUCAUGUGUGUGCUAUACGGCCAAGCAGCACCCCUCGUCGAACCGGACGCCCCAGGCUUCGACGCCUCCGGCACGCUCGCCUUCGCCGGCAGCUUCCUCACCAUCGUCGCCAUCUGCUUCUCGAACGCCUCUGGCUGGUGCAGCAUCUCAUCAGACUACAUGUGCAACUACCCAGCCAACAUCUCGUCGCUCAAAGUCUUCGGCCUCAUCUGGUCAGGCAUCAUGCUGCCCACAUGCUGGUCGAUCGUCCUCGGCGCUCUGCUGGGCAACAUCGCCAUCACCGCCGCCCGAGCGCCGUAUGCGCACGUCUACACCGCGCACGGCCUCGGAGGCUUGAUUUUCGAGGUCUAUCAUCCGGUGGGGUGGUCGAAGUUUUGCCUCGUUAUUCUCACGUUUUCCGUGCUGGGGAAUAACAUUGCAAUUAAUUACUCCUCUGGCUUAUCGCUGCAGCUUCUGGGCCACUACUUCCACGCCGUGCCGCGCUUCAUCUGGUCGUUUUUGUUUGCAAUCGUGGUGGCGGUACUCGCCAUCGCCGGGCGGCAAAGCCUGUCGAACGUCGUUAGCGACUUCGUCUCCCUCCUGGGCUACUGGACCGUCUCCUUCACCCUCAUCCUCCUCAUCGAAGACAAGUUCUUCCGGCGCCGCGAGGGCUACAACCUCACCGUUUGGGACAAGCCGGACAAGCUGCCGUGGGGCGCUGCGGCUGUCUUGUCCUUGCUGUCGGGGUAUCUGGCUGGAGGGCUCCCUGGUGCGGCGCAGACUUGGUUUGUCGGGCCUAUUGCUGCGAAUUUUGGCAAGUAUGGGGGCGAUUGCGGGGUGUAUAUGAGUGCGGCGAUUACGAUCGUUGUUUACUUCCCUGCGCGGGCACUGGAGAGGAGGUAUACUGGACGGUGA